CUUGGAUGCCCUAGGUACGGAACUAGCUUGUGCCGUUGAAGCCAGGGUGAGGGAGCUCAGUGCGGUCGGAUCGUCGCUCCGUCGGGGUUCGGACUCAGGCCGAAGCUGAUGCUGCACAUCAACCCUGGAUUACAUUUGAACAGGAGGUUUCCAUGUUCGUGAAUCCAAGCCCCUUUCUGCAGAGAGUGAGAGAAAUUUCCAUCACCGAUAAAACGGAUGCCAAGUAUUAUAGCGUAUGUUACAAGCCCGGCGACAAUACCAUACAUCGGACGGAGAGAUGAAACGCUGUGCCAAAUAUAAGAUGGUUUGGUACUGCUCCAAGGAUAGCGAGUUAUUUGGUUGGAAAGAUGGCCACAAAGAAAAAUGUCGCAACUUCAGAUACCCUUGUACUGUGUGAUGGGAAUGAAUCUGUUGAUGAUACAACGUGCUCCGCUAUGUAUGUAGUUCUCAUAUAAUUGUUGAACCUGGACCAUUACUACGAUAUCAGUCGACUUGGUAAUUCUACCUCUUGACUCUCAGCAUGUUCCGGAAUUGUCAAAGAGAUUUAUCUCCCUAUCUCUAUCGUCAGCCAGGCCGGUCAACCAGGAACAUCUCAACUGCAAUAACCUCCAGAUAGGAAGCAUUUUUACUCCACUAAUAUGACUACUCCGUUAAGUUUGAAGAAUGUGAGCGACCAGAAGAGAAAACGGAAACGAGCUUCCCUCAUGUCGGAUACACCAGCAAAAUCGCGCGCACCGAGCCAGCCGCAUGGAGGUGAUGACCGCCUCUACCAGCGAGCAUUGAAAGAGAUGAUGGAAGAGAGCGUUAAUAGGGUCUCUUCCUGGCUAGAGGGCCUGUCAUCAAACCCGAAAAGGUUUCUCUCCCCUGGUACGGACCAGGGAAUGAAGCAACGAACAACAAUUCGCAAGGAGGAACCGGAGGCACAACCUGGACUCUCAGAUAGGGAGAUGGAAAACGAACUGACGAAGAGCGGGACAUAUUUCAUAGACGAUGACAACAACAACAACAACAAUAACAACGACAAUAAUAAUAAUAAUUCCAAUGAAUCAGGUACGACCAGCGCAGUUCAAUACGAUGUGGAAGAAUUCAGAAAGUCCCUGAACGCGGCAGGACCGAGCCCUGACCUGUCCUUGUCUUCUCUGGACAAGCUCUACCGAAACGCAACAUCCCUGGGGGACAUUCUACAGAUUCUCCUUCCAAUCGAUGAAAUUCAAGAUACGCCAACGCUGGCUCUGAGCACCCUCAGCCGUCAAUGGGACGGUAUGCCUCCAAGGGCAGUGUCUCCCAUAUCCGAUUUCAAUCCACACCCACUCCUACACAUUAGCAAUAGCAAUAAUGAUGAUGGAGGAUCCGGAUCCAUAGUCUCCAGACCAGUGCACACUCUUGGAUUCUCGCCAGACAUAUUAGGACCCAAGAUUAGGGCCCAGAUGAUGCUUCACCUCCAACAGGGCAACCGAACACAGCAGAUUCCAAAGCUCAUCUUCCCGUUCUUUACUGUCGAGAUAGAGGCUGACGAUACCCCUUCUCCCCGGCUCCGGAAUAUGUACAAUGCGGCCGUGAUGCUGCAUAGUCUGUACUUUCUUAGGCAAGCAGCAGCAGCAGACCCUGAUGGAGAUAGAGAGGAAGACGAAAAUGAUGGGUUUUACGGCAGGCCCUGCGCCAUCACCAUAGGACUUAGAGCUGAGGAGGUGGAAUUAUCUUGUCAUUGGGCUGUGCCUGAUGGGAGAAAUGAUAUUAAGUGCUAUGGACGGGUUAUUGGGCGUUGGCUCCUCGGGAAGGACGCAGCACAGUAUGCGAUGGCGCAACGGGCAGUCCGGAAUGCUUUGGAGAAAGUUGCAGGGGACAAUCUAGACAUGAUUAAGAUGGAGUUGGAUAGUAUGGAGGAGGAAUUGGGGUGAGAAUUCCAUCGCUUCUGUGCAAGGUGUAAGUACGGUUUGAAGGUUCUCGGCCUCCGAGCCCUAUCUACUACAACGUAUGAUCCUUAUGAUCCAUCAUCAUCCAGGUGUUCUCGGGAGAUCUGCAGGGACGAUCUGCAAACCAAGCUGGCUUGGUUUAUUUAUUACUGCAUAUAUCUGGGAAAUCCUAGAUGCAUUGAAGGCCUUCCCUUUCCGUUUCGGUGCUCAACCCCCUGCUCACUGAAGAACUAAUUGUUAUAACUCACGUUUUUCUCAAAUUCAGGCAGAUUCAAGGGUUCUUUUCCAAUGUCGAGGUAUCCUCUGUACACAGACUGAAUGUGUCAGUAUAACUAGUUAAUAACUAAAUGCUUAACAGGUGCUAGAACGCAGUUGGGGAGGAGAGUUAAAUAAGAACAGA